CAAUUUCAAGUUCCAAACGUCCUCCUGGAUUCAGUUGAGUCUUUUCCUCUUGGCUCAUAGAUGAAGGCUGCAAAGGCUGAAGAGGCUUCCAUGGGCAUGCUAGAGACAGACUUCACUACACCAGACUGCCUGCAAGACGUAGAAAUAGGUAAAAAGCUCCAAGAAAAAUGUCUCAGAAUCGUCUCCCCUGAGUCUCCUGCUAAGCUCUACUGCUGCUAUACAGUGAUCGCUGUCCUCACUGCAGCUGUAAUUGCACUGUCUGUUGCAUUGUCAGUAAAUAAGUUGAAACCAUCCAUUGAGAGCCCUGGAUCUUACUAUGCCACCUGCCCAAGAAACUGGAUUGGAUUUGAAAGUAAAUGUUUUUAUUUUUCUGAAGACAUGAGAAACUGGACAUCCAGUCAGACCUCCUGCAUGGCAGAAGGGGCCCAUCUAGCGCUAUUUGAGAGCCUGGAGGAGCUGAAUUUCCUGAAGAGAUACACGGGGAAUUCUGACCACUGGAUCGACCUGCACAGAGAGUCACCAGAGCACCCUUGGUGGAUAGACAAUACCAAAUAUAACAACUUGGUUCUCACCCAAGGAGGAGGAGAAUAUGCCUACCUGAAUGAAAGCGGGAUCAGCAGUGCCACGGACUACAUGCAUAAGAAGUGGAUUUGCAGCAAGUCCAACAGAUAUACUUUACAGUGCCCAGAAAUUUUAGAUCCAGGCUAGGGAAUGUGCCAAAGCAUGCAUGAGAAACAGAUGCUUUGUGACCUGCUAUCUACAGUUGCUGCUCUACACCUGAUCUGCUAAAAUCAUCAAAAUCCAUCAAUAAUAUUGGUUGACACCAAAGAUGAAAACUCAUUUAGAGGAUCAUAGAUACAGGAUAUUGGAAGAACACAGAUGUUUCUAAAUUAAAUAGGUGAUUGGGUAUGAGUUAGUAUUCUUAUCUUAAACCUAAAGUACAAUCAUAGUGAGCUCCACUUUUAUGUCCAGAUAUGAAUUUUUUCAUUGGUUGUUGUAUUGAAUGUGUAGAACCUAAAAGUGUGGGUUGACUGAGCCCAUGGAAAUGAUUCAAUCAUCACAAGAAAGAUGAUAAUUGGUAUGUAGUCUCCAAAUAUUAUUGUAAACAUGGUCAUCUUUUUUUUUUUUACAAAAUUCAAUGACCAAUACGAAAUGAGAUCUAGACAGAAUCACAUUCUGUGAUCUAAUACCACUGUCAGAAUGUUUUUAAACUUUAUUUCUCAGUGUUCAUUUUUAAUUAAAAUAGACUAAGAAUAUUUUAUAAGCAAAUGUCAUUUUAGUUUCCUAAUUUAGCUUUUCUGAGAGUUUCAUAGUGAGAAUGUCAUUUGAAUUUUAUUCUUUAUUAGGCUCUUUUUAGAUCAGGAGACAGUUAAUUACUGAACCUCCUGCAAAGCAUUUGAUGCCUAAUCUUGCAAUCAUUUACACAUUUUUAAGUUUUAGGAACAAAAUAUUUUAAUUUUUUUGAUCAUAUGCUAUACUGUACUGAUGAGUCCCAAAAAGGACGAAAUAACAGGUCACAAGCAUCUCUUCCAUUAACUGUCUUCUUACUUUAUUGACACAUAGAUUAAACCUUCUCAUGCAUGCUAGACAAACACUGUACUACUGAUAUUUACCACCAUUCCUUUUUAUAAAUUUUUUCUUGUAACAAGGUUGCUAUGGAAUCCCUAAAUGGCUGGAAUUGGAACUAUGUAUCACCACAUAGAACAUAUAUUUACCCUUUAUUGAAGCAUUUGUUCAGGCCCAGUUAUAUGGUUCUGAAGCUAAAGGUACCAGCCACUAAGACUGAUAACCUGAGUUCAACACCUGGAUCCACAUGUUGGAAGCAGAAAACAUUACACAGCAAGUUUGUCCUAUGGCCUUCAAACUUGUAUUGCACAUAUACACACCCACAAAUAAAUAAUGAAAUGAAAUAAAAAAAUAAUGUUCAUUU